AUGGAAUUAAGAAAGCUAGCAUCUUUUAUGGAUGAUCCUAAGGGUUUCAGACACCAUUUUGGAAGACUUUUAUCUGUGAUAUCUACUGACAUUAAGGAUGGUCUGCUCUGCACUUUGGUUCAGUUUUAUGAUCUUGUCUAUCGGUGUUUCACUUUCCCUGAUUAUCAGUUGUUGCAUAACAUGGGGGAGUAUGCUUAUCUUUUGGUUGUAUCGGUUUCUAAUAGAGAUCAUUUUAGUAGGGUGGAAGGAAUUCUUGAAUCUUGGGUUAUUGUCAUAGCCAUUCAUCUAAGGAAGUCUGACAUAGAUUCCAAUCUCACUGUCAAAGGCGGUAUCAGAGGGUUGAAUUCAAAGUUUCUAUUGGAAAAAGCCUUUUCUUUUGCCAAUGUUGAUGGCAUUAUGGUGUUCGAAACUGUUCUUACCUUACUCGUCUAUGGUUUGGUCAUGUUUCCUAACAUUGACAAUUUGGUUGAUGUUAAUGCUAUGAGGAUAUUCUUGAUUAGGAAUACGGUUCCAACUUUGCUCGGUGAUAAUUAUUUCUCCAUUCAAUAUAGGUAUUCUAAAGGGGGUGGAACUAUAGUUUGUUGUGCGCCUUUACUAUACAAGUGGUUUAUUUCACACUUGCCGCAGUCUCCUAUCUUCCAAGUAAAUAAAUAUUGUUUGAGGUGGUCUCAAAGACUUAUGUCUAUCACCAAUGAUGACAUAGCUUGGUAUUCUUCUGUUUAUGAUGAUGUCGAGAUUAUUGAUAACAAGUUGUCUCACUGGUACAAUACUCGAGCUAAUCAGUUGAAGAAGAUGGACCGCCUAGAGCAAGGGAAUCUUGAGCUUCGUGAAGAGGUGAAAACUUUGAGGGACGGAUAUGAAAGGCUUACUUCUAUGAUGGAAGCUUUGACGGCUGCUCAUAAUCAACCUUCACCUCCUCCUCCGAUUCCGCAUUAA